GGAGGAGAAGCCCGGAGCAAGUCGGGCCCUUUGGCUUUCCUCCAGGGCGUAGAUGCAGAGGAAGCAACGAGGCUGAAACAUCUGGGCUGCUGCUAUAUUUAUUUAUUUAUUUAUUUAUUUAUUAUUUUAUUUGUCACAACAGUAUAUAUAAGCAUAAGCAUGAAAUAACUAUACGAUAUAUAAGCAUAUCUAUAAGCAUAGGUAUAAAAUAACUAUACGAAUUGGAUACAAUCAAAGGAGACAUUGGGACAGGAACGGUAGAGAGAGAGGAUGCCAAGAAGAGCGCUCUGGACAACGAAGAAUGAGAAGCAGCAUUAAAAUCAAUCAAAAUCUUUUUCAAUUCCUCUGCAAAGUGUAAAAACUCUUCUUCCUCAGCAGACGAGAGAAAAGUUUUGACCUGGAAAAAAUAAGAGAAUAUGGAACUGAAGAAAACAUUACAUGAAAAGUCAAGAAGGAUAUAUUCUAAAUAAAGAAAAAAUGGAGAAUACCUGGAAGUGAUUGGGAAGAAAUAUGUUCCAUGGAUAGCCAAAACUAGCAGGCCUUUGAUGAAGGAAAGAGUGGCUUGAACCAAACAACCACAAACUGAUUAGAGACAAUGGAGAGAACUAUAAGAACAAAGCUUUCAGCUGGAAAAAAAAGAGUAUUGGGAACUGAAGGAAACAUUACAUGAGAAAUCAAGGAGGAUAAUUUCUAAAUAAAGAAUAACUGGAAGUCAGUGGGGAAAAAAAGAUUCCGUGGAUAGCCAAAACUGUCAGCCAUUAACGAAAGCCUUUGUAGAAGGAAAGAGUAGCUUGAAGAAUCCAAGAAUAUCAGUGUUGGAAAAUCCCCACAGACUGCCUAUUGUGGGGAAAACACAGAUUGCAGAUCACAUCUGAUUGAUGCAUAAGUCGAAACCACGCCAUGAAAAGCCAUACAGAUCUUUGGGGUGCAGCAGAAGCUUUACUCAGAACAGGUCUCUCGUGAUUCGUGGAAGGACCCAUACUGAAGAGAAACUCUACCAGUGCUCCCAUUGUGACAAAAGAUUUAGUAUGGAAACCAAUCUGGCGAUACACAAGAGGAUUCACACUGGGGAGAAACUAUACGAGUGUCUGGAUUGUGGGAAAAGUUUUCUGCAUAAUUCAAAACUAGUGAUCCACCAGAGGACUCACACUGGAGAAAAACCAUAUGAGUGUUUGUAUUGUGGGGAAAGUUUCAGUCAGCAUUCAAACAUGGUGGUACACCAGAGGAUUCACACGGGAGAAAAACCAUAUGAGUGUCUGGAUUGUGGAAAAAGUUUCAAUCACAAAUCCCACCUGGUGAAACACCACACGACACACACAGGAGAAAAACUGUAUUGCUCACAUUGUGGGAAAGGUUUUACUUGCAAUUCUGAUCUAGUGAUACACCAGAGGACUCACACAGGAGAAAAACCAUAUGAGUGCCCAGAUUGUGGGAAAGGUUUCAGUCGGAAUUCCGCCCUUAUGGAACACCAGAGGACACACACAGGAGAGAAACCAUAUGAGUGCCCGGAUUGUGAGAAACGUUUCAAGCGUAACUCCCAACUGGGGACACAUAAGAGGACUCACACAAGAGAGAAACCAUAUAAGUGCCCAGAUUGUGGGAAAAGUUUCAAGUGUAAUUCCCAUCUGGGGAGACACAAGAGGACUCACACGGGAGAGAAACCAUAUGAGUGUGCAGAUUGUGGGAAGACAUUCAGUCAGAGUUCCCACCUGGUGAUACACAAGAGGACUCACACAGGAGAAAAACCAUAUGAGUGUCCAGAUUGUGGGAAAGAUUUCAGUACUAGGUCUAACCUUAUAAAUCAUGUAAGGUUACACAUAGGAGAGUAACCAUUCAAAUGCCCAGAUUGUGGACAGUGUUUCGCACAAAACUCUUCCCUCGUGACAGAAGAAAUUCCACAUGAGGAAAAUUUUUAUCUGUUUGGAGGAAUCUUGAAUUUCAUUUCUUGACUUACUGAAAGCUCAGCUGAGAAAUUAAUAAUUUUAUUUCUUGUGUCAUUCUUUUUAGUCAACCAUGUCUUAUUAUUAAACAUGAGGGAGGAGAUCUGAGCUUUUUUAGUUUGGCCCAGUGCGGUCAUUCCCUUCCACGGACUGAAGGGGAACUGCCAUUUGCUGGGCCAGAGAAAGCGAGUUUGUAACUCUUAUUAGGUACCUUUACUGCUUUGAGUAAUUUCUACAUAUAAUACAGGGGGAUAUAAACAUGUACCGUAUUUCACCAAAAAUAAGACCUGGUCAAAUUUUGGUGGGGGUGGGUGGGAUUUCCAAAAUAAGCACUAGGGCUUAUUUUUUGGGAAACACCAUUUCUCAUUUAAAGAGAUCUCAUUAAGUAGUUAAGUACAAAGUAGUUUGAGGGGGGAGGAGCAGGAGAUCAGCAAAAACUUCGCGCCAAAAAUGAAAGUUCCUGGGUCCCUGACACUGUGCAAAAGAGGAUGGGUGCCUGCAAUAUUAUAGCACCCAGGAGCGUCCAUUCUCGGCACAAAAAGCAUUUUCAAGCCAAAUCUCUUCUCCCUCAGAGGCAAAGAAAUAGAGAAACAAAGAGGGGAGACAGAUGUUUGCAAGGUAAGUGAGUCCUUGUGGCAGGAAGGGAGGGAGGGAAAAGCAUGAGGUAUCUAAGUGGGUCAGGGAGGCAUUGAGGGCCUGUUCUAUCACUAGCCCCCCCUUACACAUGGCCUUCUCCACCCGGAGAUUCCUCAUGUCCUCAUUGGUAUUCUUGAAUUCUGAGCUCUUAGGAAAGUAUCCCCUCCUUAUGUGUUCCAAACAGUUAUUUCUAGUGCAGAAAACAGGACAAAGCAAGUGGGGGAAAAUAUUUUCCUUUCCUAUAUUUCCAGUCUGAAUUAGAAUGUGGUAGGGUCCCUACAGGAGAGCCCUUUUAAGGAUUGUGUAUUAGUAGAAAAGCAACUAACUUACGUCUGUUCUUAAACGCUAAAGUUGUUGCACAUAAAAAACAAGAGGAGCUCUGAUCAACUUAUCAGAGCCAUCCUUUUGACGGUUUUGCUGUACUGUAGUCUGCAGAUGCCUCCACGAAAUGUAAGCAUGGGAUAACCGGAGCCUGGUUUGUUCUCAGACUUUAUAAGUGGCCAGAAACUACUAGCAAAAGUGGCAUUUGAUCACAAGGCGAGGAAUGUUUCCUUUUUUUCAAUUGAGCAUCCAAUUCCAAUUUUUUCAAUUGAGCAUCCAAGAGAGACGAAGGAAAAAGAACAAAAGGGGAAGGAAGGAAGAAGAAAUAAAGGGGAAGGAAGGAGAAAAACUAGAUGGGUGUCCAGCUGUGAAGCCAAGUUGAGAAAUCAAUAAUAAUUUUAUUAUUAAACCUGAGGGACGGGAUCUGAGCUUCCAUAGUUUGGCCCAUUUCUUUUCACAGACUGAAGGGGAACUCAUUGCUGGGCUAGAGAAAGCAAGUUUGGAUCUCUAUUAGGUACAUUUACCACCUUGAGUAAUUUCUACAUAUAAUACAGGGGAUUAUAAACAUGUACUGUGUUUCACCAAAAAUAAGUUUCACCGGUCUUAUAUUUUGGGUGUUCCAAAAUAAGGCUUAUUUUGUGGGAAACACCAUUUCAGGGUGAUCAGCCCACCUGGGCAUCCCGCCCUGUCAUGUGGAUAACAGGCGGCAAGCAUGCCCAGCCCGUGCAGUGCAGGUGAGUUGAUUCCCUGUUCAAGUAGCAGAUGAAUGCAGGGGUGUGGGGUGGAAGGCAGGUGAUCCGGAUACACUACAUGGGCCGCAGGCAAAGCGAAAGACACAAAAAGAAGCCUCUCGUGGUCCGCUACCCACUCCAGCUCACUGACUCUUGGCUUUCCUGUGGCCCACGCAUCAUGUCCAGAUUGCCUGCCUUCUGUUGUGGUUCUCCAGCAGCCUGCGGAGCUGGCAACGGAGUCGGACAGCGAUGAGGCUGAGGUGAGGCCAGGGCCAUCGGGAAGUGAGGUGCUGACUCCAGAGCCUCCAGAGACUGACAGUAGUGAGGCAGAGGAACGGGAGGAGCCUGUUCUUAAUGCACGCAUGAGAAGAGCUGCCAGAAGGCAAGAGCAGCUCAAGCAGAGAGGACAACUCGGGAGUAGGGCCAAGAGAUGAUUGGGCCCUCCCAUAAGGCUUAAAACAGACCAGCAAUGGCGUUUGGGCUUUGCCAGAAAAACAAUGUUGGUAGCUUCGUCUUCUGCUUCGUCUACGUCUUGCAUUUAUUUUUGUGACUUCUGAACGUUUGCCAAGAAAGGCCUUUGGCAGUUUGCCUACUUGGACCAAGAUUGGUGAUAGGACUGAGGAAUUUGUGUUGGGAGGAAUUUGCUUUAAUUUAGUUGAACUACACCGGGAAUGAAGUAAUUCUCAGCUGUUCAAAUAAAGUUUUGUUUGUUUGUUUCUUUCACGGACUGAGUUUCCUACUACCUACUUGGGCUUGGGUCACAACAACUUCUCUCCACCCCCAUGCCUCCGCCUCCAUCUUUUGCCACAUGAGAAGAACCUCCCUUGACCACCUGACUCUUGGCUUUCCCACAGUCCAUGCAAUGCAUCCAGAGCAUGUGCCUCUCCCCUGCUUUGCCUCCGCUUGCUGCUUGGGCAGGGAAUCAACUCACUGGUGCUGUGUGAGGCUGUGGCUACUGCGAGGUAAAGUUUGGCCCCUGCACACUCGCCGCCUCCUUUCCUGGCCACGCCCAUCCCUUCACUUGGGCUUAUUUUGGGGGUGUAGGGUUUAUAUUAGGUACAUGCUUAAAAAUCAGGCUAGGGUUUAUUUUUGGGAGUAUGUCUUAUUUUCGGGAAAACACGAUAUGUAUGUUAUGUUUACUUAGAAUGUAUAUGGCAGCCCAACUCAUUGUCACCUCAUGGUUUACUUCAAUAAAACCUUAAUACAGAAACUAAUCAACCCCAUCUAUAUAGCAAAUGGCAAAAUUCAAAGCAUUUAACAUGUUCUUGCCCUCAAAAUACAGGGCACGUCUAGGAAGGUUGUUGACAUUCGGACGGUCGAGGCAUCUCAAAAAGAUGAUUCUUGCUUUUGUUCAGUUUAGAAGUGAACGAGGUCUCCAGGCCUUACUAAUUCCAUUCAUUUUGUGUGCUAUUCUUCCUCAAAACUGGUAAUCUUUCUCCUUGCAAUGAGUUAAAUUGGAGAAGUUAACCUCCUCAGGAUUAGCAGCCCAUAAAUUUGAUAAAUAAAUGCAUAGGCCUUCAUUUGCCUCAAGCAACUUGGAGGUGGGUAGCCUCAGCAAUUCAUUUCUUCAUUCAUUCCAUUCAUUCCAUUUGUUCAUUUCUUCUUCCUCUGAUUUGUUUAACAUAUUUCUGUAGCCAACCAUGUUAUAACAAUCUCUGGCUGGCUCCCAAUCAAUAAUUAACUUUAAAACUGUAUUAAAACCAAAUGGAUAAAAAGAAAA